AUGCCGCCGUCAGCCAAAGGUUCUUAUCUCAUAAUUGGAAGUGGUGUCUUUGGUAUAAGUACAGCCUACUACUUAUCUUUGAAAUACCCCGAAGCAUCAAUUACAGUCCUUGAUCGAUCCAUUGAGUUCCCUUGCCCUUUGGCCGCUUCACACGACUUCAAUAAGAUCGUACGCGCAGAUUAUGGAAACCCAUUCUACUGCAAAUUGGCACUUGAAGCACGUAAGCUGUGGAAAACAGACCCUUUGUACUCUUCAUUUUAUCACGAGAGUGGUAUGGUCAAUGUUGAUGAUACUGGUCUUGGUAGGAGAAUAUUGAAGAAUUAUGAGGAUCUUGACGAACACCCAGGUGCUUCCAUCAUCAAUCCGGACGAGUUGAAGCUCAAGUUCGAUGGCUUGUUCACGGACACUAAUUACGAAGGGGUUGAUGAAAUAUUUUACAACCCCGUCAGUGGUUGGGCCGAAGCCACUGCUGCGGUGAAAGCAGUAGUAGAAGCAAGUACUGUUCGUGGUGUCAAAUUCGUAUCGGCAAACGUGGAACAGCUCUACUUCAAUGAGAGUGGAAGUUGCGCAGGCGUUAAGUGUGCAGAUGGUAGAAUUAUGAUUGCCGAUAGCACAAUAUUGUCCACUGGAGCAGGAACCGCAAAAUUACUCGCUCGUAGCGCGUCUAACCAUCCAGAACUUCAGUCAGGGGACAGAGUUACUGCCGCUGCAGUUGUGACUGGAAUAAUUCGGCUAUCUCUCGAACAAAGGCCAAGAUUCAAGAAUUCGCCAGUUUUUAUACAUUCAAUGGCUGGAGUUUUAGGAGAAGUCCUCCCAAUGACAGCGGAUGGCUUGUUGAAAUUUUGUGUGGACGUCAGUUUCAAAAACAGUUUACAGGAUGAGCUAUCACGGCAAGUAAUAUCGGCUCCGCCUGACAUGACCGAUCAGAAUCAACACAAAGUGUCAGAGACACUGAAAGAGGAAUGCUCUCGCGUUUUGAAGGGGGUAUUUGGGACGGAGUUGGCAGGUUCACAAUUUGACUCGUUUAGGAUAUGCUGGGAUGGCAUCACGCCUAACCAAGACUUUAUAAUUUCGAGUCACCCAAGGUGCCAAAAUCUUUAUAUUGCGACUGGAGGUUCCUUUCACGGAUGGAAAUUCCUCCCCAUAAUAGGGAAAUAUGUUGUCAGCAUGAUUUCUGGGGAUUUGGAAGAUGGUUUACGGAAGAGAUGGGCGUGGGAUAGAGACCAACAGGGAAGUGCUCACCAGAAGAUUAUUCCCAAAAGAGAACUAUGUGAUUUGGUAUGA